CGAAGUCUGCGGGCACAAUUGUAAACUAUUGUAAUGGGAGGGUGUGGGAGGGGGGUGGGGAUGGAAUAUCCAUUUUUAUUGCAUCACCUGUCAGCGGCGUCCAAUGGGCGUCGACUCUCAGGGCAUUAAUUGAUGAAGGUGUCUCCAGACUGGCGCACCUCCCCUCUCUGUCAUUUUAUUUGUGGCUCAACCAGCAGCCAGAAUAGCAGCUGCAUUUUAGCUCUUAUUCUGUUUCUCUCUGUCUCGGACUCCCUCUCUCUCUCUCUUUCCUCCCUCCCCUCCACCCUCACAACUCCCUCUCCCUCUCUCUCUCUCUCUCUCUCUCCCCCUCUCUCUCUCUCUCUCUCUCUCUCUCUCUUCUCGCUAUUUUAUCCCUCUGGCUGAGGCAGUGGUGUACACCUACCCCUCGUCCUGCUGCCGUCCAGAGGGGAGUGGAGCCGGCAGAGGCAGGUAGCAGCAGCCCCGGCUUGGUGGACGCAUCCGUCGCAUUCCUCCACCAUGCCGGACCCGGGCAAGAGGCGACGAGUGGAUGCUGUCGGCUCAUUCAACCCAUUAGACACCGGCAGCUCCAUUUAACUCCGCAUGUCAAAGUUUGCAUGACGCAGCAGUAGUGUGGAUGGAUUAAAGGUAUGAGCAGGAUGCCUUGUGCUGGCGACCCCAUGCCAUUUACUGGUAAAUCCAUAAGAUACUCAGAGUGACUACAUGGAUUAAUACAUUGGAGCGAAUACAUAAAACAUGGGAGACCUGGAGUGUGGCUUUGAGGAAAUGCAAGGAGUGAGACUGGGAUACCUGCUCAUCAAAGGCAAGCAAAUGUUUGCUUUGUCUCAGGUCUUCACCGACCUGCUGAAGAACAUCCCUCGGACCACGGUGCACAAGCGCAUGGAUCACCUGAAGGUGAAGAAGCACCACUGCGACCUGGAGGAGCUGCGGAAGCUCAAAGCAAUAAACUCUAUAGCUUUCCAUGCCGCUAAAUGCACUCUCAUAUCGCGGGAGGACGUGGAGGCUCUGUAUAUCUCCUGCAAGACGGAGCGGGUGUUGAAGUCCAACAAAAGGAAAGCGAAAGCGGUGUGUUCCCCCGGGGAUGAGGAUGCGUCCCCGGGGCUCCUCAGUGCGGACGCAGAGCUGUGGAAGGAAAAAGUUUGGUUUAGUUUGCACGGUGUCCCGGAGACUCUCACACUUCAUAAUAAAACGGGCAGGAGACGAGAGCUGACUCCUUGCCUUACCGACUCCAAACUACCUCAAUUUUACCACAAAACCCACGGACGGGAACACCGUUCGGUGACUAAGUCCAGUCACAAACACUUUAAAAACUAUGAAACAGCUAAAAUCACAGGGAACCGUGUUACUUUGAGCCAAAGGCACUCGUUUUUCCGGAGCGCGGUGAGCCGGCAGCCGCUGGUGCUUCAGUCCGCCAUAGCUGCUCAGUCCAGGCUCUCGCGCUCAGCCGGCGACCUACUUCACAAAAGGAAGAGGAGGCGCGAGGGGGGCGGCGGCAGGGACAGCGCGAGGCACUCGUGGAGCAGGAGCAGACACGCGCACCACCACGUACCACCAGUGCUGCUAGUCCAACCCAAAUCAUCCAGCAGUCACGGGACGUCUUUUGGUGCUUUCCACCUCGGUCCGGAUUUCUAUCUUGACCCAAGACCUCACCAUCAUCACCACCACCAGCACCACCACCAUCAUCAUCACCACCACCACGAGCCGACUUUCCCAGAGAGUUACAGCAGCGACACCGAGUCCAGCACCUACUCAGACCGAGCUUAUCCGGAUUCAGAUUUUGGGUCCGGUUUCUCUACCACCAGCAACUCUGGCAGCUCGGAGGAGGAAGAGGAGGGCGAGGACGAAGAUGACACGCAGUCAGAGAGUUCAGAGGUCAGCUCAGACGAGGAGGAGAGCUCCUCUCAGUCCGACUCAAGCUCCGUUUCUAGCCGUGUUUCGGUCCAGAGCAUUCGGUUCAGACGGGCCCGGGUCGGUUCUCUCCCCAAAACUCUCAACACUAGUAAAGCACCUUUGGUCCUGCAGCCCACGUUUCACUACAACAACCAGCAAGAGAGACAACACAGGACACUGGGCCAUGUUUCCUCUUCUCAGACAGCGGACAGCAGACAGGAGAAACGUCAAAAAUGUGAAUUUAUAUGCAGUGAGAGUAGAAAGGACCUGGGACCUGCACAGACACCAAAAUUUAACUCUGUGGUGGAGAGCUUUUUCACUGAGUCCAAAAGGGAAAGGGCGUUUGAGGCUGAUCCAAACAGGGCUGACCCUGUGGGCGAACCGGACCCUUAUUCACCAGGACCCAACCGGAAUAAGGCCUCUCACUCCUCACGCAGGACACCGGGUCAUUCCACUAAGUGCGCAACGGGACUGAGCGCGCAGUGUGACUACGACGCGCUCCCCAAAUGUGCCGACAGAAGGGAGGCUAAAGCCGCCAGCCUGAAACUGCCCACCCCACUGAAAAAAAUAAAGACCGAGGCGGAGGAGUCCUCUGUGACCGCCGCUGCCCUCCACUCGGACAGCGGCAGGACAGCCAGGACGCCGCCCUUCAACCUCCACAAUGUGAAAGUUAAAGUGGAGGAAAGCUGUGAUGAAUAUGAAUACCAGAGCCAGGCCACUGUACUCAAAUGUAAAGGAGAUAAGGCAGAGAGCAGCAAUGGCCAAUAUCCCAGCGGAGCCAUCAAACAAGGGGACUUUUUCAGCAGCGGGAUUAAAGCCACAGAGAAGAGCCCUGAUGGGGUCCCCAGGUCCCCCUGUGGUCCUCAGGAAUGCUGGAGCACCCAGGACACCCCGUGUAUUGACGAGGGGGAGCACAGGAACAAAAACUGCAGGGCUCCGGUGCUGGGGAAUAAGAAACCACGAGUUUCCAGGUCUCAAACAAAACAAAACGUGCCCCGGGUCAACAAGGCUGCCUCUUCCUCCUCCUCCUCCUCCUCCACCUCUUCUUCUUCUUCUUCUUCGUCUUCUUCUUCUGCUUCUUCUCGUCCCGCGGGUUGCGAGGAUGUAUCCACGGAGGAUUUACCGAGCAGACGCAAACGCAGCAACGCGAUCACUGUAGCAUCGCCUGCAAAAAUGCCUUUCAGCCUGAUGGCAAAUUUCCCAUCCCCGCCGUCGCUGGUUGUUGGCAGCGACGGGGAUUUGUGCCCUGCUUACUCCCUGAACUCGCUGAGGGGCCCCGGGCCUCCCCCUCCGUCCCACCCCGUGUGGAAGUGGCAGCCAGGCGGCCAGAUUCUCCCUCCCCCACCCGCUCAGAGAACUAGGAAAUACUGAGCUGGGGUUUUUUUUAAAGCAAAAAAAAAAAGAAAGAAAGAAAGAAAGAAAGAAAGAAAGAAAGAAAGAAAGAAAGAAAACAAAAGCCCCUACAUCGUGUCCUUCUCCGACAUAAUCGCUGCCCAAGUCUUAACGUGAGCUCACCAAAUUGCUCGCAACUUUAUCGCUGUUUGAUAUUAAAUUUCCUUCCCCCACCUCUUUUUUUUCUGUGAAUGGGUUCACAUUCCGCUUUGUUUUGAAGUUUGAUCGAGGAAAACCCGUAAGAUCCCCCUUUAUGGAGCCUCAGAAAACGCCCACAGGACUGUGAGACACCGCUCGUGGAUUUAUGCUUAAAAACUUGUUAUAAAUAAGCUAUCAGUCCUAAGCAAUAGGCCCGUGUUAAGUUCUCAAUAUUGUGUUUACUUGACUUUAUUUUCUGAUUAGUUUUCUCGCUUUUCUAUGCUUGACCUGUUGGAUUGUAUGGUGCCAGGGUUUCAGUGGUUUGUGCUUUGUCUGAAAGAGGAAAGGGGUUAAAAAAAAAAAAAAAAAGCCCACAGCUACUCUUAAUCUAUCUGGCGCUGAGAGCAAGUCUGACUUUGUAAAUCACAAAAAAAAAAAAAAAAAAAAGGGUUUCAGGGUUUCCCCAUUCUGUGCCACUUGGUAUAUUUUAUAUAUCAAAGCUGUGUUUUCUUUCUGUCAUCCUGGCUGGCCACAAUGGUCCAUGUGUCCAAGCGUCCAAUUUCAGAGAAUUAUUCAAAACUGGGUUUAUUAAUGUCUGCCUAUACAUACUCAUGGUUAAGCCUUUUAUUAGAUUUGACAGGAAUUUAUUCCUGGUGGUUGUGGGUUUUUUCUUUUUUUUUCUUUCUGGACUCCUUGUGAUCUAGUUUUUCAGUCUUGUUUUUAUUCCUGCGGAGUAUUUCCUGGUUUGCAAAUGUGUGAGCGUGCACAGACGCAGGCCCCCAGACACAACACAGGCCUUAUGUACAGACAAUCAAAAAAAAAAAAAAGA